CUGGGGACGAGCGCAGGCCAGACCCCGGGGCUGGGGAGCAGCCGCAGCACGUCGCGUGCCAGGUCUUCCCCGAGCGUAUGGACCAGGGGCAGCCCCAGCAAGGGCUCCUCUCCAGCUUCUUCACCAACAACCAGAAGUGCCAGCUCAUGCUGGUGAAGACGCUUAGCACAAGUCCAUAUGUCAAACUCCUGCUUGAUGCUAUGAAGCACUCUGGUUGUGCUGUGAACAAAGACAGACACUUUUCCUGUGAAGACUGUAAUGGAAAUGUCAGCGGAGGUUUUGAUGCUUCGACAUCUCAGAUUGUCUUGUGUCAGAACAAUAUCCGUAACCAGGCCCAUAUGAACAGAGUGGUCACCCACGAGCUCAUUCAUGCCUUUGAUCACUGUCGCGCUCAUGUCGACUGGUUCACCAAUGUCAGACACUUGGCCUGCUCAGAGGUUCGAGCUGCUAACCUUAGUGGAGACUGCUCACUUAUAAAUGAAAUAUUCAGGUUACAUUUUGGAUUAAAACAACAUCAUCAG